GAUUUUCUCAAACUUAUGAGAGCUGAGAACGAGAUUAAUUUUCCUCUUUCGUUUAGCUCCCGAAGCAAGAUGUAUUCGGCUAGUGCUAAAAUUGUCAAGCCCCAAGGGGAAAAACCCGAUGAAUUUGAAUCUUCUAUUGCUCAGGCUCUGCUGGAGCUUGAGAUGAACAGUGACUUGAAAGCACAGCUAAGAGAACUGAAUAUUACUGGUGCAAAGGAAAUUGAUGUGAACAACAAAAAGGCUAUCAUCAUCUUUGUUCCUGUGCCACAGCUAAAGCCUUACCAAAAGAUCCAAGCCAGACUUGUCAGAGAACUUGAAAAGAAGUUCAGUGGCAAACAUGUAGUAUUCAUCGCUCAGAGACGAAUUCUUCCCAAACCAUCGAGAAACAUGAAAGUUAAAACCAAACAGAAGAGACCAAGGAGUCGUACCUUGACAGCUGUUCAUGAUGCUAUGUUAGAAGACAUAGUUUUUCCUGCCGAAAUAGUUGGAAAGAGGAUCAGGAUUCGCCUUGAUGGAUCACGACUAAUCAAAGUCCAUUUGGACAAAAACCAGCAGACCAACAUAGAACAUAAGACUGACACGUUUGCUGCUAUCUACAAAAAGCUAACGGGCAAAGAAGUGACGUUUGUAUUUCCUGAACCUUUAUUCUAAAAAUAUGGGAAUUGAUGUGUAACUUGGGAAAACACUCAAAUAAAAAAAAAGUUUUCAAGUC